ACCAGCGAAAAAGGUUUGUCCAUGACGCAAACGUUGGGGGGGGGGGGGGAUGACUAUUUCUAUUAAUUCUGACCCCUAAACAGGAUAAAAAAUAUUUUAUAUUCAUCGGAAUCAGAAAUAUGACUACAGAUUUGUACUCAGCAUAAAAAACUAAGUAUAAACAUGUUGUUUCAUUGAAUGCAAAGUUAAUCUAGUAAAAACUAUCCCAUCAAAUACAAUUAACUGGAGUAUCUCUCCACGUAUAUAUUUAUAAGUCUGUCUAGUCUCUCAUGAGAAACUGUGGAACCAAAUUUUAUGUCUCAUUUAGAAUCACUGGAAUGUCUAUCAUUUGUCUCAAAUUGGUUACCACAAUCAAUCUCCAAAUGGGAAUUUUCAUUUGGAGAUUUUUUAAUUUAGGGAUUUUUUUGACAUGAAAUAUAUCAUACGUUCUACAGUUCAAUACCAUUCUUUUUCUCUUCCAAGACCGUAUUACCAAAACUAAAACUUUUGAAGUCAUAUCGGUUAGAGAUGUUUUGGUUUGGAUUAGCUAAACAUAAUAAAAACAGUUUUCCCAUGAAUCUGGUGACCAGAAUGUAUUUUGGGGUACUACAAAGAACAACUUUCAGGUAAAUCUGGCGAUCAGAAUAUAUUUUGAGUUGCUAAAAUGAGAACUUUAUAUUAAACCAAGAAACAUUCUGGUCGCCAGAUUCAUGGAAAAACUGUUUUUAUUAUGUUUAGCUAAUCCAAACUACGCACCUCCAGCAGAUAUGACUUCAAAAGUUUUAGUUUUGGUAAUACGAUCUUGGAAGAGAAAAAGAAUCAUAUUGAACUAUAGAAUGCAUGAUAUAUUCAUGUCAAAAAUCCCUAAAUUAAAAAAUCUCCAAAUGAAAAUUCCCAUUUGGGGAUUUUGUUUGGGGAUUGAUUUGUGGUAACCAAUUUGGGGCAAAUGAUCACCUACCCCAUGGGCAAAGUUUUGGAAAAGUACCGCUGAGAGGAACCACAGGGCCGAUUUUUCAUGGGAAAAAAAGUUUUUCCCAAAUAUAUACCAUUUGACUCAAUUUUUUGCGCUGAUUCUGACAACCGGUCGAAUCAAAUACCGUAAUCGAUAGAUAGAUGGUUAUAAUUCUUAUAAGCAGAGAUGUCCUGAGCUAGAGGAGAGGACGAGGCGAUACCCAAUUCUGAGAAAUUUUCAUUUUUCUCCAACAAAAUUUCAGCUUUUUAUUUGUUUUUUUGCUUACCAAUUCUCAAAAAAUGUCAGACUCCCUCGCCGAUAUUCGAUAAAUUUUAGUAAAAAAUUUCAAUUCGGUGUCCUAAGUCAUCGACCCCUUCCCUCAACCUUGACGGCCUCGAAACACCCCUACUCAUAAGUGAAGCGAGGAUAUCAUUCCUCAGUUUUUUUGAAUCCUUUUUUUACCUGAAAAAUGACAGAAACAUUUAUGGUUUCAACUCUUCGACAUCUGCAUAGUACUUUGGAGUAAUAGAUUUAACUUUUGUAGUUGUCCGGUAAUCCUCUCUCAUAGGAGAUAUGGCUAUCCAAAUAUUUUUGAUAAAGAAAUCAUGGAGUGCUAUUUAGAUGAUGUUGUUUCUUUUCACACCAAUGUAUCCUUUGCUCGAGUACGUCGCUUUGAACUACCCUUAAAAAAUAUAGAUGCAUUCUUUACAGGUAACGAAAAGCUUAUUUGGUAUUAAUUCACUGUCUAAUAAUGAAUUUUCAAUUCGUCGAUCACAAAUAGCUCCUAGGGACAAAUUUACAGAUUCUAUUGGCACUAGAAAUGAUGCGACAAAAAGAAAUAAGUAAGAGGGCAAACAAUAGAUGCUAUUUAACACAUAUUAAUCCUUUAUUGUCGUCUUCUUAUAUUUAGUCUGAACAAACGCAAAAGACGUAUGGCUGGUUUUCCUGCUUGGUGUAUAUGCACAUGCUGUAUAGGCCUCGGUUUCUUAGCAGCCAUCCUUGCUGCGAUUCUUGUGCUUACUUUACGUGAGUACUUUUUCUAUUACUUCGUUUCAAGAACUAACUUCAAGAACACGAAAGACUUGUUAAUAGUUACAUAUCACAUCUGAGCUCCUUUCACGUGAAAUAUUUCCCUAGUUCUUUUUUGUUGUAGCUUAAAUGUAGGAAAAAUUCCUGUGAGAAGAAAUAACUCAACAUGGAAAUUUUCUUUUUACUUCUAGAAAAAUCGUUUUUAAAAUUUCACAGGCAUUUUCCAAAACUUUGAUGAAGAAAAUAUAAUCUUUAGUCUACACUGAAAAACAGAAGUGCCAUAUGGAACUCUCUUUUGAAACAAAUGCGAAACUUUUUUUAGUGGUUUCGUACAAACCCAACACACAUUCACAAUGAUUGUCACGAGUUAGGAAACUUUUUUUCAAGAUUUUGUAGAUUUGCUACGAAAUCCUAAAAAGACUUACAUUUCGUUACGAAAUUCGAAACUUUUAUCAAGUACUGAAGCAUGUACAGAAUUCUUUUUAUGUUCCAUACCGUGAGUGAAACUUUUUUAAAUUUCUUACCGUACACGAAACCAUUUUUGGUUUCAUGUGGUACCUUUUUUUUCACAAUAUAUUUGCUUGCAGCAAGCUUUUAAGAACUAUAAUUGGUUUCAUCUUAAUUUUAUUCGAACAAAACAUUUCAAAUGAUUUUGACUAAUAGAUUCGUUUUUUCAAUUGAUAAAAAUUAUUUCAAUUGAUAGAAAUUAACGUAAGUUAUAUCAGAUUCAGAUUCGAAUUUUUCCACGACUGCUUCGCUUAGCAAUACGUUUCAAUUUUAGUUUCAUAUGUUCCAAAUACAACGUCUCGAGCUCAAUCGGAUGAGGAAAAAUAUUCCUCAAUAUAUCUUGUACUCGUUGCAGAAAACCUCGAAUAAAAAUAUUUUCCCUAUUGGAUAAAUUCAAAAACAAUGAUUCUUGAGCCUAUUCGCCUACCACCAUGUUCCAACAAACGUAUUCGUGUACUUAGUACCAUUCGAGGAGCAUAAUCAGAUUGUGAAAAUUGCACCUAGCUACAAUCUUUUUUCUUCAUGGACUUAUUAAUUUACUUGCUAAACUAGGGCGUGGGUGCGGAUGUUGAUGUUCGUAACAUUAUUCAAACAUCAUCUACACAUCCAGAAUUUCGCAGUUUUCAGACGAAGUCUACUAUGAGUUGUGUAGAUUCAUUUGUGAUUUCGUACGUCAUGGACUAGACCAUUUAUGUUUUCGUAGAAUUAUUGAAAGUUUCCUAAUAUGCUUACGAAACUAUUCUCAGUUUUCUAAUCAAUAUAAAAGUUUCGUAUAUUCUAUACACAACCAGCAAUAGUUCGGUAGAGUAUCUAAGAGUUUUGUAUUAUUAUUACAGAAUCAUUCUUCACUUCAUUUACUACCUACUACUUCAAUAUACAUUGCACGAAACCGUGGCUAGUUUCGUAGACUACACAAAGGUUUCAUAUUUUUCAUAAACAACCUUCGUAGUUCCAUUAAGUAUUGGUAGAUUUCGUAUAUUUUCUACAAAACGUUGCACCAUUCUGCAUAUUAUCGAACAUUUUCUAUUAUUUUCCAUGCUUACGCAUUAGGUGUGAAGUAUGUGAGUGUGGGUGAUAAAAGAAGAAUACGCUCACACCCACACCCGACACCUACAUUCACAGCCUUGUCGAGAAUGGUGGGACCAGCCACAAUGUUGUUGGGACAGGUACGAAAGGUGUGAAAAGCGACAGCAAAUAUUCAAUGUAUCAGUUGGGGCACAAUUAUCAAAUAACAAGAAAAAUUUGUUAGCACGACAAGUCUGAUAUUGCGUAAAAUGAUUGGAUUGUGUUUCUUUUCCAACUGAACUUUUUGAAUACUUGAAUUUUAUCGAUUUCAUAUUUUAAACUUAUACGCACUUAUUCUACACACAUCACCAAUGUUAUUUCUGAGGUCCAGUGUGAGAGGGACCGAAGAAUAAUCACAUAGGCGCAGAUAGAAUAAUAAACGUCUAAGUACAAGACUAUGACUACAGAUCUAAGUCUAUAGUCAUAAGUAUACAAUUUAUGAGAAUGUAGUCAUAAUGAUAUAGGUCUGAGGGUAUAGGUAUAAGGAUAUAGUUAUAAGGUUAUACGUGUAAGAUCAAGAUGCAAGGAGAUAUGUAGAAGCUUAGAAAAGUAGUUAGGUAACUCUUAUGGUAUAGACGUGACGAUCGUUACGAAACCUUUUUUCAAUUGUGUAACAAAGGUUCAGUACAAAACUAUUGUGCGAAAUCUUUUUUACAGCUGCCAGAACUGAUUUGAUACGAAAACCUUUUUUGAUUUCGCAAAAAAUCUUUUCUUUUUUGGAGUGUGCGUUACAAAUUAUCGUUUUUUCACUGAUCCGUGACAUUACAAAUCUCUGAACGAUUUCUCUAAAAAAAAAAAUUGUUCAAAAAACUGAGUAUCUGCUAUUCAAAAUCUAACAAACCUACUAUUCGAGUUCAUGUACAGAUUUUCGAUACUUCGUUUUUAUCGAGUUCGAUCUCAGAAAAUAGAUACGACUCUAUGGACGAGAAAGCGCAUCAACAGCUAUAAGUACAAGCAAAAAAGAUAGUAACGAGUUGUACCGUCAAAUUUAUCAAAGUGGUUCGAACAUCUAUGGAGCGAUGGCAAGCUCGAAUUUCCACUCUCCUUAUAAGUACUUAUUUGUGCGAGAAUUGGAAAAAACGGUUACUUGUCACGUUAAUAUAAUCGAACGAGUGUGCUAAUGAAUCUCUCAACGUGUAAGAAAGAUAGUAGAAGAAAGAAAGUCAUGAUUUUGACAAUAAAUCAGUUUACUCUACGUUAUGAAUGUAGAAAGUACUUCUCCGACUACUACUUCCCAAAAUUAAUAAUGGACAAUGUAAUUUUUCAACCAAUCAGAAGUAUCCUGAUACAUAUGUGUCGAAAUCCCUUUUCUAUAUAGAAAAUGCGACGACUAAUACAGUAACGAAAAUUAAUAACAAAGCUUAUUCUUCUACUAGUAUUCAAAGUGUUGCUGAUUAUGUCUGUCUAUUAGCUCGAAUAUCACUGAUAUUAUCUUUUCAUCAAAUCAGAAAUAUUGGGAUUCAUCUGCAAGAAUAAUCUUCUUUUUUUACUUAAGGUUCAACAAGCACCACAACAACAAUAACCGUGACAACAACAACGAUAACAACAUCAACAACAACGUCAAUAACAACGACAACAACUACAACAAUAACGACAACAACAUCAACAACAACGACAACAACAUCAACAACAACAUCAACAACGACAACAACAUCAACAACAACAUCAACAACAACGACAACAGCAUCAACAACAACAACAACAACGACAACAAAAACUACAACGAGUAUGUCCAUUUGUUCGAUGUUUUAG